UCAACGGCCGACCCAUUCCGCCUUACUGGCGGCUUCCCUGACGCUUUCGUCCAUUUUUCUCUCGCUUUUCUUUUUAACUCUUACAACUUCAUAUACAUACCAUGUCUUGGCAAGGAUACGUCGACAACAACCUCGUUGGUACUGGCAGGGUACCUCACGCCGCUAUCUAUGGCCUGAACGGUGGAUGCUGGGCUCACUCUCCCGAAUUCGAGUUGCAAGGUAACGAGUUGCAGCAAAUCAUCAAUGGUUUUAAGGACCCGUCCGCUGUUCAGGGAACCGGUGUCUUCAUCCAGGGUCAGAAGUACUUCGUUUUGAAAGUUGACCCCCGUUCCAUCUAUGGCAAGAAGGCUUCGGAUGGUAUUUGUAUUGUCAAGACCAACCAGGCUAUCCUUAUUGGAAAGUAUGUGGAAGGCAUUCAGCCCGGCGAAUGCAAUAAGGUCGUGGAACAGUUGGCCGACUACUUGAUUUCUGUUGGCUAUGUAAGUUUGCACAAGCGGGAAAACUGAGCCGGAUUUAGGCAAGAUACUGAUGUGGCACUCUUUUCCACUAGUAAACGAGAAGGAUAUUCGUGUUCUUCUUUCUCUUUUUUUUUUUUCCUCGUUCAUUUGCAGAUUGGUGUGGUUCUUUUCCAAGAGCAUCAAAUGUCUUGACUGAAACCAUCCAUUGAAUUUUUACCCAAUUUUUCUUUUCAGCCGCUGCUCAAUAAAAAUAUAAAAAUAAAAAAGCUGAAAAACACUUGCUGUUGUUCAAAAAGUCUAAG